UACUUUAGUAUUACUAUUCCUCCCAUUACAGAGCAACUUGAUAAGAUUGAUGACAGCAUUCAGAAGCAGUUACAGGAGAAGUUGUCUCUCCUUAGGUCCCUACAAGCCGUAAACAAAGACGAUAGCAUAACCUCAGUCACUCAUGCCUCACCAGCUAAUGUAGUUGAAACCUCUUCAGUAAUAUUUCACACCGUUGGUGAACUGACAUCUCAAGUCUCCAAACUAUUAGUACCCAAUCCAACCAAACAGAUAGUAACUGAUGUACAGUACCAGUUGGCUGAACUGACCAGUCACCUACACAGUGGACUAUCAGAGCUAUUAAUGUCACUUGGUAAAGAAGGUAUAUUGCAGACUCUUGAGCGAACAGCAUCAUCAGAUGACCCUCCUGCUUCACCUCAACUAGAU